UGUAACCCAACUUUCAAGGAGACGGACGUUUUCCGGCAUUAGAUCACAAUGAGAAGUUUUCUUGCAAUUUUUCUCGUAGUUUUAACUACAUUACAUUUUUCUGUGGAUGCUGAUCGACUUUUACAGAAUACAAAACCAGAAUGUAAUUUGACUAUGGAUGAAGGAACAGGUGAAAAUCUGCAUUUCCGCCUUUACUACGACUCGGCCUCCGACAAAUGUCUCCCCUUCAUGUACAAGGGUCACGGAGGAAAUGGAAAUCGCUUCAUCACUGACAGGUGGUGCAUGCAAAACUGCUCCUCUCGGGCAUCUAAACUCUACCCCACUGGCGAUGCUGUCUGUAUGUUGUCGAGAGAGCAGGGGUAUUGCCAAGGCCAUUACUUACUGUGGUACUACAAUUCAGCCAAGAGGAAAUGCAAGACCUUUUAUUUCACUGGAUGUGGAGGCAAUGGCAAUCGGUUUAUUACACAGCAGCAAUGCAACAGCACCUGUGCAGGAUACAUAGAUGGCACACUUGGUAAUGACCAAGAUGAUGAUGAAAUUACCAUUACCAAUGGUGUACAAACAGGGUUAAUAGCAGGAAUUGUGCUGGGCCUUUUAGGUGCAAUACUGCUGAUAGUUGUCAUUGUUCUGGCUGUAAAGCAAAGCAAGACUGAAGAGAAAAAGGGGACCCACAGGGAAGCUUUAACUGCUAAAGAAGACCUAGAAAUGAAAUAGGCUUACACAGCCGACAAGUUUAAGAGAUUGAAAAUAUUUCACUUUGUUGGAAUGCAGAAUGCAGAAUGUUGCCAAUAUUCAAACAGAUUAAAAUUCAUGGCUUGA